CUGACGCUCGGUCACAUGAGCAGAUAUCGGCACGGAGCCUCUUGUAGCCAUUUUGUACGAGGAAACCGACGUACUUUAGAGAACCUCUCUUCAACCGCUUAUAAAGCGGUGACCGUUUCUCUCACUAGAUUAUUUUUCCUGACGAUUCGGACGUGUUUUCAAUAAGGAUGGCUACGGAAGGAAUUCAAAUGGGGUCAAACUACCCCGUUAAAGGAAAUUUGUUCGCUGAAAUUCAUAAACAGCUGGGGCUUAUGCCAGGUUUUCAGGGGCUUGGUCAGGAUAUGAAUAAGUUAGAUCAACAAACACAGACGCCUGGUAGUGCUACUCCAUUGGAAAAGAUCAGGCUGGAAUCUGAGGUUAUUGCAACUGAUGUUAUCAGUAGUUUUGGACUUGAAGAAUGUAAAAAACCUGUGGACAGAUAUUGCAAAACAAUGCGGAGAACUGUUCGGGAAUUAUCAGACCGACAUGACAUUGCAUUCAAAGGAAUGGUAAAUAAACUGAAUGUGGACGAUUCAAAUGCUUUUCCGACAUUCGUAUCUGUGGUUGAUGAAAUAUUCGAAGAUGGACAAAUUAACUGGGGUAGAAUUGUUGCUGUUUACACAUUUGCAUCUCGAUUAGCUUUGCAUUGUCGCGUUCACACUCCCGAUUGUGAUGAAAGAAUAGCUUUGUAUGCUGGGAAAUAUGUUGCAAGCAAAUUUGGGAGGUGGAUUCUUGAUAACGGAGGAUGGGAUGCAUUUGCAGAUUAUUUCCCAGAGCAAGGUGCAAUGGAGGACAAGCUUUGGAAAGGACUUGUCUAUACCGCCAUGGGUCUCGGAGCUUUAGCUACCAUGGUUGCCACAAGGUGAUGAGGAUAACAAUACCAAGAGAAUGAAAGCAACAAUGUUGGUGCAAGCUGAGGAAUGAUACGGAGAAUGAAUGAUGGUGUGGUGGCAGUAUGGUGUUUGUUGGACGUGUGAUUUGGAGAAUGGAUUGGAGCCCUUCAGUUCAAACACUAGUUAACAUAACAUUUGAAGAUAAAGAAUCAUUGAAUUGUAACAAUUUUUCAUUAAGUUAAUUUUCAUAUUCUCUCCAACCUGACCUUACAUUCCACUUUUGAAUGAAACAGAGAAAUUAAUUUGGGAGCAGAUUUAACAAUCGCCCCCAUUUGACGCAACAUUUAGUGAAAAUUUCAACCAAAUGUUAAAAAUCACUCCAUUUAACCAUUUUAUAUAUAGAAAUAUGCAGCAGUCUUUUAAACUUGUAUAAUUUCUAUUAAAGUAUUAGUUUCUAUGAUACCUGUCAUUGAAUAUUUUAUCUUUUGAUAAUAUCAAAUAUGUUAUGAUAUAGAUGAUUAUGAAUUAAUGUUGAGUUGACUUGUCUUUGAACUUUUGGCCUCCUUGAUUUGAAUACUUGUGUAAUUUUAUUUGAACAUUCAAAGAUUUUAAAACAUGUUUUAAGAACUGAGAAGACUUCCCAGGGGUUAUUGAGAUUUGUGAAAGAUUCUUUUGACAACAGUUUUCACUAGUCAUCUUAAAGCAAUUGUUGAAGUUAAGGGAUGGUGAUGAAGGUAAUGAAACUAUUCGAUGUGAAUAUAACUGAUUGAUCAGCGUUCUCAUGUUUUGAAAUAAAUGACUUAAAUAUUGGUCUGUAAUAAACUGAUUAAAGUCCUACAGACAAAACAGGAAAUAAAAUCAUUCAACCUGUUCAGAAAUAAGUCAAACCAACUGACUUUUAAUGAGAACACUGACGAUCGAUCAGAACUUAGAAAUAUCAUUAUCACUAUACGUAAUCAAAUGUGAACGCUGAUUAUUAUCUGACCAUUGUUCGACCUUAUUACAGCUGGAAAUGUAUCGGCUUAAGUUAAUUGCCCGGGGCUCACCUCAUUGACCAUGUUGUCCAACUAAUAUACAGAUUUAGAUACAAAGAUCUGAUGAUGGCUUGUUUUUGGUCUCAAAGGGAAAAAAGAUCUGUUUAAAUACCCUAAAAGGCCAGGGAUUAGAUUUCGCAAAUUUUCGAGACAACUAUAGGUGAGACCAGGAAAUAAACUAAGUCUGUUUAUCGGGUAAGUAACGAGAAAUAUUUUCCUUUUGUAGACAUUGUGUAGCAAUAUUAAUUGGGUUAUAUUCAUUAAUUACAGAUUAAUUGUAGCAAACGAUGAUCUAUAUGGACUUGUGCAAUAAUGAUGUUGAGGGUCUAUGGGGUUAAUGAGUCUUCAGUUUUUAUGUGAAAAGUAAAUGAUUAUUGGAGCCAAUAUGUAAUUCAGAAAAGUAUCAACUGCAUUUAUGUAUAGAUUUUGAUUACCAGGUUACAUCAUCUGGAAAUUAAAACUAAUAUGGCCGAUAGUGUCAUAACAUUGAUUUCAUUCAUCCAUACAAUUGGAGUAUAUCAUUUUUUUCCUGAAAAUUUGAAACACUGUGGUGUUUUGUCUAAUAUUUCAAUACAAUGAGGAAUAUAACCUUUUAUUAUUUUUGUAUAUUUCCUACAUUCAAUUGAUUUUCUUUGUUAUAUUGAUUACUUUCAUUGGGAAUGACAAAAUGUCUUAUAGCUUUGUCAAGACUUUUUUUGUAUUAAAAAAUCGCACUAAAGAUGUACAUUUGUAUAUCAAAUAAGCUACCUAUUUAUGUAAUAAUGAUUAUGUAUUCAUAAUGUUUUGUUGUUUAUUAAACACUAAAGUGUAAAAGAAAAUGAUUCAUUUAUUGUACAUUUAAAAUGUUUACAGGGUAUAAUGUGUUGGCGACUGUGUGAUAUUCUGUAUAGUGAUCUACAAUAUUUAUACUAGCGAAUAAUCGUUAACAUUAUAAAACUAUGUCGGAGGAAAAGUUUGCCAUAUGUUUUAUUGAUUAUCAAAAUAGUCCAACUCAAGCAUGUUUUAAACUGGCUGAAAUAGGCAAUCACCGGUUUUGAUUCUAUACCCAUGUAAUAUUUUUGCAAAUGUACAAUUUAUCAAUUGUUCGAAGUGAAACAAAUAAAACUUUAAAACAACUUUA